AUGACGACGCUGCUCAACAAGUCGGAUUCCGGUCCUCCGCUGCGCCAGAUCCGCUUCGUCCACAACCAGGGCCAGCCGCCCUCGAAGCGCCGCCGCAUCAACGCCGCAUGCUUGACGUGCCGCCGACGAAAGACGCGAUGUGCUGGCGAGCGACCCAUUUGCUCGACCUGUACGAAGAAUGGCCAUCAGUGCCUGGGAUAUCCCGAGGAUGCGAGAAAGGAUGGCACAGACACGGGCGAGUCGAAGCACGUGGACGAUGAGGACCUCAACGAGGAGCAUCAAAGCGACGACGACGAUAGAAAGGCCUUGAAGCCUGACGCUCCCUCUGCGAGCUCGGCGCCCGAUGCGGCUCCAGCAAUUUCACCACCAAGAACAAUAGCUGUCGCGCCAAGAUCUGCGCCUGCGCGUCCUGGUGCUGUUGUCGAGCCCGAGCACGAUGUCGACGUCAAGCCUGUGGUCUCGCCCUCUUCGCAUCAUCAAUCACACCCGUCAGCCGCCACCGACGACAUGCCCAGCUCGCCGACGCUGCGCCGCAACCACAACAACCGCAUCCCGUACUUCCGGUAUUUCGGCCCGACGGCGAUUGUGCCCGGCUUCAAGCAGAUGGUCGUCUCUGUCCGCGACCGGCGGCGAUCGACAGGUGGGUCGCAGUCGGGCACGUCACCCAUGUCCACGCCCAGCGGCGUCCGGGGAAGCAGCUGCGCCGCCGGGAGUGACAUCGCCGUCGAGGAUCUGCCCGCCUACGAUCCCAACAGCCCGGGACCGGUGCAUCCCCUCAUCAUCAACCUCGUCAAGACCUUCUUCGUCCACCUCGGCUGCAACUACCCAUUCCUCAAGCAGCCCAAGUUUCUGCGCCUCGUCAUUGAGAAGCGUGUCGAGCCCAUUCUCGUCGAUGCCAUAUGCGCCCUGGCCGCGAGGUUUUCCGAUGCCCCGCCGCUGACCGGCGGCAACGAAAAGAUGCCGCGGACGGAGCGCGGCCAGGUAUUCGCCAUGCGCGCAAAGCAUGCUACCGUGGACACGUUCCCGUGCCCGUCCGUGGGCGCGGUGCAGGCCUGUCUGCUCAUGGCCUACGAGGGCUUCGGUGCUAACCAGGACAGCGCCUUGUGGAUGUAUCUCGGGCUAGCCAUCCGCAUGGCCAUCGACCUCGGGCUUCAAAAGCGCGUCGGUAUCCAGUAUCAGGGCGAAAAGGACCCAUGGUACACAAGACACCGGAGCCGCGUCAACGGGGAGUCCGAGAGCCCAGAGGAGAAGAAACACGACGAGGUCGACGCUCUGACUGUCGAGGAGCAAAGAGAGGUCGAACAAGAGCGCAUCGACACGUUCUGGGCCGUCUUUAUCCUCGAUCGUGUCAUAUCCUCGGGCACAGGCCGGACAGUCACCUUCCGCGAGGAUGACUUUGAGCUCCCGUUCCCGAAGCCGGCCAUCGACCCUGCCACUGGCUGGCCGUCUCUAUUUCCCGUCUUCCUCGAAAUUAUUCACCUCUACGGCCGCGUGUCGGACGUGCUCAACAAUAUCCACAACGUCAAGGAUCUAGAUCAGGACAAGUGGACGAAGCUGUCCAAAAUGGAGCAUCAGCUUACCCGUCUGUACAAGAAUUGGGAUGCGAGGCUGCAGUUCAACGUUGGCAACUUCAAGGCAUACCUCAGCGUCGGACAGGGCACGACUUUCCUCCUGCUUCACUUCUGGUUCCAUGCGCUUUUCAUCAUUCUCCAUCAGCCAACGCUCUUGACGCCGUUUGGCGACCUCCGCGGCGAACUUCAGCUUCUUUCCGACAGCCGAGAAUUGAGCAUGAGCAGCGCGAAGACGAUUUGCGAUAUUUUGGCCUUUGCAGACCUCAUAGACCCCAAGAGCUUCAUUGGCAACCCGUUCACCAGCCAGCCUAUAUAUAUUGCCGCUUGUGCUUUUUUGAUGGAGUCGAGCGCGAACGCUUCGGAGGGCCCGUCUAGGGAAGCGUCACCGCCAGCCUCCAACAACGCGGGCCGGCACAGAGAGCGCGUCAAGCCUGCCAACUCCAAGCCCUCGAGGCAUUCGCUGCUCGCCUCGGCGGCCAACCAGAACUACCAGAGAUGCUACAACUCCCUGCAGCAGCUGCACACGCACUGGGGCGGUGUCAAGUACAUCUUGACGGCUUUGGACCAAAAGUCCAAGGGUAUUUGGGACUGCGAGACGUACACUUCCGAAGAGUACGAGAGCACCAAGGCACCGCCUACAAGAGGGAGCAUCAGCGGCGAGCUCGCCACAGCCUCGCCAAAGAUGGGCGGGGCGCCCCCGAUUGCGUGGAGUCUCGCGGGCACGGCCAACUCGCCCAACUCGAACCUGACGCUUCUCUACCAGAACCUGAGCAGUGGCGUUAUGACACCAUCUUCCGCCCCCCAGAGCAUGCCGCAGCAGGCAGGGACACCACCGGGCAACAUGGUGUAUGACCCUAUCCGGCAGAGCCUGCCAGCAGAAGCUGGCGGCAUGUAUCCGCCUGCCGUUCCCCAGGCCACCACAUCGGCGAUCCGUCACUCGCCACAGACAGGGAACAGCAAGCCCCGACGGCCGUCUAACCUGUCUGGAGUGUCAGUCCCUGGGCAGGUAGCGACGGCGGGGAGAUACGACGGGCUUCAGGAAGAGAGCGACGGAACCAGGGUCUUUGUGCCCCCUGGCUACACUCCGUCCAGCCAGCAUUCCGGGGGCUUCGAGGCAUUCAGCGCCUCUCCGGUCAGUAAUUUGGCAGACGCCGCAAAUCGGAGCAUGGCCCACGCGGCCGCGCCGCAUAAUGUAUAUUACAACCACCACAUGCCCUACCAAACCGGAUGGGGCUACGGAAUGGGCAACAUGGACUCCAUCACAUUCGACAGCCAAGACAUCGACAUUGGCGCGCUGGGGCUGCAACAGCCUGAGCUGAUGAGCGGGUGGCUGGAUUACAUCCCGAGCGAUGUGCUGGGGCUGUUUGAGAACCAGAACAUGGGACAGGGGAGCCAAGACGGCACCGGAGGACACUGA